AACUAGAAACAAAGACAAAUUCUUCUAUACUGUUUCUUUCAACAGUCUUCUAUACUGUACUUCGACUUGGUAUAUACUAAACAUAAUUGAAGAGUCAACUAUGUUACAUAAGAAACCAUUAUAUCCAUUUAGGUAAUGCCCCCUCUACUUACAAUAUAGACUAUUCAUCAAACUACAAAUUAGAAAUAAGGGGGGGGGCAAAAUAAAGGGGGACAUAUUGCAGAAUAACAUUAAUAUUGAAUAUCGAGCGAAGGGAAAACGGAAAUAAAACCUUAUAUUUUAACGUCUGGUCUAUAAUAUUGUCAUAAAGAAUUCUCUACCGGAAAACUUUGUCAGGACAUAUGAGACACGGUUUCAUUCGUAGACACGCAUCCAAUUUCGCAUCAAGGGAAAACAUGAAAGAACUAUCUAACACAUCGAUCGAUUAUUACAUACUACCGAAUAGGAUCUUCUGUAGUAUGGUUGGAAUGUGGCCUAUCGAAGAGAAAAGUUCGACGUGUAGCAAAAUAUUCGCAUAUAUCCGCUUGAUAUUGGCACUAAUAGCAAUCAAUAGCAUUUUUGUGCCCGAAAUUAUGAUGAUAGUAUCGAGUUGGGGUGACAUAACGAUCCUAGCAGGAGUAGGAUGUGUUUUAACUACGGUCGGACAACUGUUGUUCAAAAUGAUUUACCUAAUAGUGAGAAGAGAUAGAUCAUAUAGACUUUACUAUGAAAUACGAAGUUUAUGGAACAUUGCUAACGAUUCGAAGGAAAUGCAGUCUUACGUAGAACUUGUUUAUUGGGCACGAAUUUGUACGAUAGUCUUUUAUUCGUCUUGCAUGUGCAAUGUGAUCACUUUCUCCAUUGCUGGAGUUGUUGAUUAUUUUAGAUUCGAAUACAACGCAAGCA